UGGGGGGCGGGCGGGAGGCGGGGCGGCGAGGGGGCGGCGGGCCGGGCUCCCCGGGGGAGGCACCGGAAGGCGCCCGGCGCUGAUUCAUUGCAAUAAAUUGUUCCCGUCGCGGCGAGGCUCGGUCAUCGCCGCCUGAGCCGGAGCCGGGGCUGCAGCAGGAACCGGAGCUACCGGAGCGAGAGGAUGAAGAUGCAAGCCGAGGUGAUCCGCGAGGGCGAGCUGGAGAAGCGGAGCGACAGCCUUUUCCAGCUGUGGAAGAAGAAGCUGGUGGUGCUGACCAAGGACAGCCUCAGCCUCUUCCCCGACGGGCACAAGCGGGCCAAGGGCAAGGAGCUGGGCUUCGGCUCCAUCCUCAAGGUGGACUGCGUGGAGCGCACGGGCAAGUACAUCUACUUCACCAUCGUCACUAAGGACCGCAAGGAGAUUGACUUUCGGUGCCCGGACCAGAGCUGCUGGAACGCCUCGAUCACCAUGGCCCUCAUCGACUUCCAGAACAAGCGGGCCAUCCAGGACUUCAAGAGCCGCCAGGAGAUGGAGCAGGCGGCGGGUGCCCAGGAGCGGCGGCUGGCCCGGGCGCCCUGAGUCGCCGCCGCCCGCCCCGGCCGGCCCGGCCCCAAGAGCAUACCACUGGAUGAUAAAACCAGAUCAAGUGUCUUGGACUGAAAUGGGACAGGGUACCAAUGAAGGAAAGCAAAGAAGAGAGCUGGAAGCAGCUUGGUUUUCUCCAAGCCCGUUGAGGCUGCUGAGCAAAGAGCCCUGAGCUUUGCCUGAGAUGCAUUUAAAGAAAAACCAAAGACUUUCAUAAAGGACUUCUAGCAAAGCGUCCACGUGUUUUAAGUGGCACGGCUUUGCGAACGAUUAUCUUCUAUUUAUGAGACGCGAGGAAGAUUCAACAUUGACUGGUGGUGUUAAGCGCAAUUUAAAUUAUUUGUAGUAUCUAUAUUUGUAUUUAUUUUGAAGAAUGUCUUUCAGCAGUUACUGGUCUUAAUAUUGCUUUUGCAUUAAUAUGUCCAUUCCAAAUAAAUUACUUGAAAUGUUCACUUUUUA